AUGUGUUCCCCAAAUCCAGCAAACUGGGUCACCUUUGAUGACGAGCCUCUCUUCCAGUCACCUCAGAAAUUGGUUGACAAUCAGAGUAGCUCCAGACCAAAUGGCCUUAAGCUCAACUUGUGCAGUGUUCAUGAGUCCUCAAGUAGGUCAUCCUCUACAGGCAGCACUCCGCUCUCAUCUCCUGUGGUUGAUUUCUACCUGAGUCCUGGACCCCCCAGCAACUCUCCACUUACUACACCUACCAGAGACUACCCAGGAAACCCCUGCUUUCCAAAGUCUGGGAUUCACAUGCUUUACCCCAUCCCUGAAUGGCCAUCAAAUGUUAACCCUUCUCCAUCCCCUGGGAUUUGCUCAUCCCUGGCCUCACAGAAACCGAGCAGCCUUCCUUUGAGCCCCUCACCUAAUGACCAUCCAGGUAAGACUUUGGUCUCCAAAUCAGCAGAUGAAGGAAGUCCUAACCCACCAGGAAGCUGCGAGGAGCUAGCUCCAGGACACUUCCCGUACUUCCACAGUGACUGUGCUUUUUCCAGCCCUUUUUGGAAGGAAGGGUGCUCCCUCAGCAUGUCUCCAGCUAAUGCCAGCAUGCACAGGAAGGACAAAGCGCUUGACAGGAGUGGGUGUCAUCCUAGAAACAAAGAAACAUGUCAUGAUCAGAAAAGCCUUAACCAGGGCUCCUUCAGUUACAUCUGUGAGAGGCUUGAACACUUACAAGCUGACAGCUGUGAGGCCGUGGAAAACCCACCCAUCUCCAGCACCCACGCAUGGCACAAGCUCUCCCCUGCCAUUCCACGCAGCCUUUUCAGGAGCCAGAAAUCAGAUGGGUGGCCAUUCAUGCUGAGGAUUCCUGAGAAGAAGAACAUGAUGUCAUCUCGGCAGUGGGGCCCCAUUUACCUGAGCGUCCUGGCUGGAGGGGUGUUGCAGAUGUAUUACGAAAAGGGCCUGGAGAAACCUUUCAAGGAAUUCCAGCUGCAGCCGCAGUGCAAGCUGUCCGAACCCAAACUGGAGAGCUACAAUGUCUCAGGGAAAAUCCACACUGUGAAGAUCGAGUGCGUGUCUUACACGGAGAAGAGGAGGUACCACCCCAAAGUAGAGGUGAUCCAUGAGCCAGAGGUGGAGCAGAUGUUGAAGCUGGGCACCACUGACUAUGAUGACUUCACCGAUUUCCUCGCGGCGGUCGAGGAGGAGCUCAUGAAGCUUCCUACUGUUUCCAGACAAAAGAGGAAUUAUGAAGAGCAAGAAAUGACUCUGGAAAUAGUGGAUAACUUUUGGGGGAAAGUCACUAAGGCAGAAGGAAAACUCGUAGAAAGUGCAGUCAUCACACACAUUUACUGCCUGUGUUUUGUGAACGGUGGUGCUGAGUGUUUCCUAACCCUGAACGACCUGGAGCUCCAGAAGAGGGACGAGCGUUACUUUGAGAAGGAGCAGGACAAGAAGUGGAUCGAGAUUCUCGACUGCCAUUUCCAUAACUGUGUCAAAGCACAGGAAUUUGAGCAGUCACGGAUUAUUAAGUUUACACCCCCGGACGCCUGCAGGCUGGAACUGAUGCGUUUCAGGACACGCUACGAUGGGCAAGACCUUCCCUUUUCUGUGAAGGCUGCAGUGGUGGUUCAGGGGGCAUACAUUGAACUUCAGGCUUUCAUAAACAUGGCCUCAACUGCUCACAUCCCCACACGUUUACCCUCUGUGAAAUACUGUGAAAAUGUUAUGAUACGCUUUCCUGUUCCCACACAGUGGAUCAAAGCACUUUGGACCAUGAACCUGCAAAGGCAGAAGUCCCUAAAAGCCAAAAUGAAUAGGAGAGCAUGCCUUGGGGCUUUGCACGAGGUUGAAUCUGACCCCGUUAUCCAAGUCUCGGUUGGAACAGCAAAAUACGAGAGUGCCUACAGGGCCGUGGUGUGGAAGAUUGACAGGCUUCCAGAUAAAAAUUCAAGUUUGGAUCAUCCACACAGCCUGUCUUACAAACUGGAACUGGGAUCAGACCAGGAGAUACCAUCUGACUGGUACCCAUUUGCUACUGUCCAGUUUGUUGUCCAUGACACCUGUGCCUCAGGAACAGAAGUCAAGUCCCUGGGCAUAGAGAGCGAUCUGCAGCCCCAGAAACACGUGGUUCAGAAAGCUUUUUACAGUUGCCAGGUUGAAAUUGAAAAGAAGUGGAUUAGGCUUGAUGGAGAAGACCCAGAUAAGGCUGGCAACUGCCUAAUGCAAUGA